GUCUAGUGUUGAAAUGCCUCCCUUUAAGCCCCACAGUCACUGUCACCUGUAAACAAAUUAAAUCAGUGUUUUGAAUUGCAAAGUGUAACACUAAACCAUACUUCCUCAUAACUCCUUUGUGGGGGACACACAAGUGAGGAAGUUCUUAUAAGACGGUGUUAGGACUAGGGACGUUAGUUCGGGGAUAGUUUUUAUCCGCCGUGAGAGUUAACUACAGAAAGAUCUACACCUAUCUAUUAUGUUUGUUACAUUUCAGACAUGUACAUGCCACGCAAUGAAGCGUCGAGCAGUGCAGCUCUUGUCACUCUACUUUUCCUUGUUGUAAGUUGCACAGGAGAGUGGAGCGGAGACCCGUCAUUUUCCAAGGGCAGGAUUCGGGUGACCUGGGACGGCACCAAUGUGGAUGAUUCAUUCGUAAAAUACGUGGUGCAGCUAUAUCAGGUUAACGGCACCAUCCCAAAUUGCAGUGACGCGUACUUACCGUGGGAACCAAAGACACAUGAAAUUCCAAGAUACGAGCUAAAAGAAACCACUUUCAGUGGCUUACAGCCGGGAACCUUCUAUUGUCGCAACUGUACGAUUGUGACCAAAAAUGGCACAAAAAGCUGUGGGAUCUUGCAACCAAUACGUACGGUUCUUAUCAAUUCGACUGAUCAGGAUGACAGGAUCUUCAACUCUACAUCAGUCACAGACAGCACAAUCAGAAUCAAAUGGUUAAACUUCACAGAGCAGAGUCGGCGCAGUUCUUUCUUAGUCUUGUAUUUCUUGUAUUACAAGCUCGACAUCUCACCACGAGAGUAUGAAACAGACACUCCGCAGGUUUUCUGGAAUGAGACCGACCUGGAGGCAGAAUUUGCUGGACUGACACCAGGGAAGGAAUAUCAAAUUCAGUUGGAAACGGUCGGCAUAAACAAUGUGAAGAAUGUGCGGAAAGGUUAUAGUUUAGAGGAUUCCAUGAUGAGGUACAUCACCCUUGCCAUCAUCAGCACAGAUCCUUCUCCGGUGAAACAGGUGUCAGUCCUCACCACAGAUUCGACAUCAGUGACCUUGAACCUGGUACCUCCGACUGAAGGGUCUGUAGACCUGUUCCAACUACAGGCGAGUUCACCACAUCACACCAGCCCUCUGAUUGACGUGCCUUUACCGAAGAACACUCCGACAGGUGUCACAACAACUAUUUACAACUUGCAACCAAGAACUGUGUACAACCUGACAGUUACAACAGUUGCCAACGGCAAGACGGGAAAGGCCAGGUUUGCUACCUUCAAGACAGAGGCUGUCCACAUCGACCCAAAGCUUGUUGGCUCGUUAACCUCUGUUCUCGUAGUUGUUGUGAUCGCCGCAGCCAUCUGUGCUGUACAGAUAGUCAAGCGCCUGAGAUACAAGUUAGACCCGACACAGCUAUUCAAGGAAGUCCUUGAGGACAUAGUCGGGUCUGAGAAGAUGGAGCCAUGGCUGAAGAACAGAAGGGAUCUGUUUCUUGAUGAUCUGAUCGGAGAGGGAGAAUUCGGCCACGUGAGGAAGGGUGUGCUGAGGGAAGAAGGACAACAGGCCGUCAUUGUAGCUGCCAAGACGCUCAGAGUGGACCGAGCAAACGAGAUGACCUACCGAGACUUCGCCAAGGAAGCGAGCCUGCUGGUGGAGGUCAACGACGAUGGCGGUCACGUGAACAUCAUCGGUCUGAUUGGUCUGGUGAUUGACGGGGUGAAAAAGAAAGAUCCAAGGUACAUUCUUGUUGAGUACGCUGAGCCAGGGGAGUUGCUCUGGUACCUGCUCAGUGUUCAGAACAGCCGGCACCAGGAUGGCUUCCCGCCGGGGUUAGGGCGACAGCUCACCGAGGUGGCCAUGGACAUCGCCCGGGGCAUGCUCGAGCUCAAACGCCGACGGAUCACCCACCGUGACCUGGCGUGUAGGAACAUCGUCCUGUGCUCUCCUGACGGACAGGCCGGCCGGCUGGUCGCCAAAAUUUCCGACUUCGGACUGGCCCGUGACGUGUACGUGACGACACAGUACAUGAGACAUCCACUGACCAACCUGCUACUCCCUAUCAAGUGGAUGGCAAUAGAGUCUCUGAUUGAGGGUGUUUACAGCUGUAAGAGUGACAUGUGGGGGUUCGGAGUCGUCCUGUGGGAGAUAGCAACUCUGGGUGGAACACCUUACCCGGAGGUUUGUGGGUACGAGACACUGGUGACCAGGCUCCGGCGCGGGUACCGCCUGCAGAAACCGAACGGCUGCUCGGACGAGCUGUAUGAAGUGAUGAACCUCUGCUGGCUGGAUGACCCGGAUGUAAGACCCACGCCUGACGUAACGGAGGACAUGUUGGAACAACUGCUGCAGCAGGACAAGGCUUUCUUUCCUGAGACCUAAGAUCAAGAAAGAGCGACCAACAAGUCUGCGUUCCCGAGUUCUGCGUUUUGAACAAAUUCUGUCAUUGU